CCGGUCGUCUACGCCGUAGCCGCUACGAGCUACGAGCUACGAACCCGCUCGCGAACUUUAUUCGACAUUAAACUUAACUUAUUAUUUAACUACACUUAGUUUUAUGUAAGUAAUAAUUAAUAGUGCGGUAAAUUACAAGUUAUUCAAACGUGAAUGUUUAAUGAAACAAUGUUCAGUGACAUUAGGGGAGGGCAGUGACUGAAUAGUGCACACGGUAACCUACUUAAAUGCAUCGUUAUAAAACGGAGAUACCUAGUGGAUAAUGUGAUGCCGGACCGUCAUGGGACGUCGCGGUAGUGUCAUGGAGUUAUCAGCAACUCUGCUGGUUCUCCUCCAUCUAUCCAUGAACGUCGUAGACGAGGGACACGCUGUCAACCCAAGUUGCACGUGCAUCCGCUUCACGUCUACGUACGGCAAAGAGCGCGGCACGUUCAGCAGUCCUGACUACCCGCGCCCGUACCCUGCACACGUGGAUUGUCUCCUCUACACGUUCCUGGCCGCCCCGCACGAGAUCGUCGAGCUGGUGUUCACUGACUUCGACAUCUACAAGGAGCAUCUCGACUGCGUCCGCGGAGACUACCUCAAGGUGUACUGGGAGGUGCAGGGCCCCGGGCCCCCUGGGGCCGUCAGCGAGCGCUCAGCGUGGGCCCGCGAGCUCUGCGGGGGCCGGGCCGACGCGCCGCCGGCCCUGUACUCCCCCGGGCCGGCCCUGGUCUUAGAGUUCCACACGGGGCCCAAGCAGAACAACGCCACUGGCUUCGUGGGGACGUAUAGCUUUAUUGAUAGACGCUUGUUCGAAACUGACGGCGUGCGCGUCCCAGGAACGGAAUGCGACUUCCAAUUCAGCCGGUCCGGGAACCGGCCGACACACGGCCGGCUCUACAGCCCGCGAUACCCGUCCAUCUACCCCAACAAUAUUCGGUGCUCUUACCACUUCCACGCCAGACCAAAAGAACGCGUGAAAGUGGUUUUCGAAGAAGUUUCCCUGCAAAAAGGUGACAUUAGCUGCCUCCGCCGCGCUGACAUCAUCAAGGUGUUCGACGGCAGAGACACCACCGCGCCCGCAAUAGCCAUGCUGUGUAAUGAGCUUACAGGGUACGAAGUGCUGUCGACGGGCCCAGCACUGCUGCUACAGUUCACGGCUAACUCCGCCACAGCAGGGCAGGGGUUUGCAGCCACGUUCCACUUCCAGCCGCCUCCAGACUCAACAGCUGCUGAUUCAGAUCGUCUGUUGAAAUUGAGCUUCGGAAAAGCGUUCGAGUCCCUUGGGCCUGAAGUCAGCGCCACAAGUAAGUGA